UGUCUGCUCUGCUCGCUCAUAUUAAUGGCGUCUGCUCACGGCCCUCCCAAGGAGCGAGAUAAUGAAGAUGUUUCCAUGGGGCGAAAGAUGGGAGCCAAAUGGUGCAGCAUGGCGAAGGUGUGCAACCACGACCGCGUGCCAAUCUGUGGGCUGAGCCACGCUGGGGACAUCAUGGGCUUCCGAGACCUCUGCGAUAUGUUCGACUACAACUGUAUUAGGAGGAGGAAUUACAAGCAGACACCAUGUCCGGAAGACAGAUCACUUCUGACGGUGUCUCGCCGACCCACCAACAGUUACUUCGAUGAUUGAUUGAAAAACUGCAUUAAUAACCACACCA